AAAAGCAUUAUUUUUUUUAAAUUGCUUUGAGUUGACAACAACGUUGAUAUAAAAUAGAAAAAACAGAAUAUUUAUAAAGGAGGAAUAUCAUUUUCGUGUGUGAUCAAUUUUUAUAAUUAAAAGGAUUUCAAAAAUAUUCUAAAGGAAUGAGGCCUCGUUCACGCAGUCGCAGUAUAAGUGAACGUCGUAGCUAUUCACGGUCACCGGGCAGACAUAACAGCCGUCGUAAGUCCUACAGUCAUUAUCGAUACGAUUCGCGCAGUCGUUCCAGCUCAAGACAGCCACCUUCGCCACCGUCUUUACCACCGGGCCGUCAUAGUGGCCGCUAUUCACACGACAGCCGCAGUUGUUCUAGAUCUAUAACACCACCUCGUCAUCAUCGUCGAUAUAGUAACAGACGGCAUGGGUCAACGUCGCGUUCAAGAAGUCGUUCAUAUUCACACUCCCGUUCACCAUCGCGUAGUUCUUAUGAGAGGGGUAAACGUAACAAUAGAGAAAAGCCGUCACCCAGCCGCUGUAUUGGUGUUUUUGGCUUAAAUGUUAGUACUACCCAACAUAAAAUACGUGAAAUUUUCUCAAGAUAUGGAAACAUAGAACGUAUACAAGUAGUUAUUGAUGCUCAGACUGGUCAUUCGCGUGGCUUUUGUUUUAUCUAUUAUGAAAAAUUAGCUGAUGCCAAGUUGGCCCGUGAAUAUUGUUGCGGCUUGGAAGUUGAUGGACGCCGCAUACGUGUAGACUAUUCUAUAACAGAAAGACCGCAUACUCCUACGCCGGGCGUUUACAAAGGGCGCUCUAGAAAGUCGAUACGUGAUAAAUACCGUUCCCGUUCACGAAAACAUACACCUUCACCUUGUCCUAUCAGUCACCAUCGGCGCCGCUACGAGCGUACUCCUAGUUGUUCCUAUUCACCACGUCGUCCUCGUUAUUAAUGUUUUUUCAGUGGCUAUCUUUUCAUGUAUCUUGUUUUUAGUUUUACUUUAGUGUUUAAAUUAAUUGC